ACAAACACCAACCAUCAAAAGCCCAAUCAAACCCAAUCAAACAUUCAACAUCACUAAUUUGGUGGUUAUUUGGGGGAUUACAACAUAUCAGAUACACAUUAGCACAUCUAUCAUCUACUGAUCAUGGUCAAGCUAGAGGAAGAACAACAGGUUGUUGAUGAUGACGAACUCUCCAAUGCUUCUGAAGGAACCGGUGACGAAUUAGUCGAUUCUUCCGAAGAAGACGAGGACGAAGAUGACGACGAAGAAGCCAUCAAAAAGGUCCAUGAAGGAUUCAUUGUCGACGAUGAAGACGAAGAAGAAGAAGAAGUUGAAUCGCAUAAGAAAAGAAAGAAGCACCGUAGAAAGCGAAACAGAGACAAAGGCGACGGAGAAGGAAGUCGUGCCAACGACGAUGACCAAUUGGACGAAGAUGAUUUGGAAUUGUUGUUGGAAAACUCUGGUGCGCGUCCGUCAACUCUGAAGUUUAAACGGUUGAAGCACCGUAGUAGAUCUAGAGAAGAUACUGUUUCUAGAGAAGGAAGAUUGCCCGAUAUCUUUUCCGAUGACGAAGAACUUGAAGAAGAAGAAGAGCAAGAGUUGGAAGCCAGAGGUGUCUCCCGUGGCGAAGCCGACCGUAAUAUUCUCGAUGAGUUUGAAGACUUCAUUGAAGAAGAUGAGUUCUCUGACGAAGAUGAAGAAGCAAGACAACAACGUAAAUUGAAAGAAAGACAGCGAGUCCAAAAGAGAGGUCCAAGGUUGGAUACCUCCAAAUUGUCCAAUGUCGACCGUGAAAGUUUACAACAAUUGUUUGAAGUUUUCGGUAAUGGAGGCGAAUACGAAUGGGCUUUGGAAGCUCAAGAUAUGGAAGAUGCUGGUGCUGGAGAUCAACAGGAACCAACUUCAUUAGACGAAGUAUUUGAACACUCGGAAUUGAAAGAAAGAAUGUUAACUGAAGAAGAUAACCUUAUUCGAAUAAUCGAUAUCCCAGAAAGAUAUCAAAAGUAUAGAGCCAAUCUUCAAUAUGCGUCAUUGGAAGAUGACGACUUGCAACAAGAAAAAAAUUGGGUUGCCAAUAUCUUAUUUCGUGAAAAGCAAGGCAUGUUCAAUGGACUCUUGGAAAUUCCUUUCAAAGAAGCUGUGGGUCAAGUUGUUCACUUUAUAACCAAAGAUUCACUUGAGGUUCCCUUUAUCUGGACUCAUCGUCGUGAUUUCUUGUUGUUUUCACAAGAAAUGGUUAAUGCUGAAGGUGUCAUUGAAAACAAAGUGCAUAAGUUAUUAUAUGAAGAUGAUUUAUGGAGAAUCGUCCAAUUGGAUGUCGAAUAUCAUUCCUUGUAUGAAAAGAGAAUGAAUACAGAAAAGAUUGUCGAAGCAUUAGGUCUUGAUGACGAUUUGGUCAAGGAUAUCACAUCAUUGGACACUAUGGUUGCUGUUCAAGAUAUUCAUGAUUAUAUUCAAUUCACAUAUUCCAAGGAGAUUAGAGAGUUGGCAAAUACCGACAAGAAUAGAGAAGAAGGUGAAGAGGCAUCCGGCGAAGAACAAGGAGAAGAAGUCACAUCCGAAACCAAAUCCAAAAAGCACUCCAAAUAUGCCUUGUUUGAACGUAUCAGAUCGAACAUUUUGUACGAUGCCGUCAAAGCCUAUGGUAUCUCUGCCAAAGAAUUUGGGGAAAAUGUUCAAGAUCAAAGUUCCAAAGGAUUCGAAGUACCUUAUCGUAUUCAUGCCACUGAUGACUCCUUGGAAUCUCCUCAGGAUUUGAUUGAUAGAUUGAUUGAAGAUGACGAGAUACUUUUCAAGGAUGAAAACACCGCUCGUGAUGCCAUUCGUAGAACCUUUGCAGAAGAGAUUUUCCAUAAUCCAAAGAUUAGACAUGAAGUCAGACAAACUUACAAAUCGUUUGCAUCUAUUAGUAUCGCCAUCACAGAAAAGGGUAGAACUACCAUUGAUAUGAAUAGUCCCUAUGAAGAUAUCAAAUAUGCCAUCAACCGUUCUCCAAGUGAUUUAGUGAGACAACCGGAUUUGUUAUUGAGAAUGUUGGAAGCUGAAAGUUUAGGUUUGGUUGUCGUCAAGGUAGAAACCAAGGAUUAUGACAGCUGGUUCCAAUGUAUUUUCAAUUGUUUGAAGUCAGAUGGUAGUUCCGACAUAUCCGAUAGAUGGAAUAAAGAAAGAGAAGUUGUUUUACAGUUGGCAUUCAAGAAGUUGUGCCUGAUGGUUGCAUUAAACACCAAGGAAGACUUGCGUCGUGAAUGUGAACGUUUGAUUGCCGGUGAAGUAAGAAGACGUUUCUUGACUCGUGUGGAUCAAGCUCCAUACACUCCAUACGGAUUUGACAGAGGAACCAAGCCAAAUGUUUUGGCUUUAACUUUUGGUAAGGGUGAAUUUGAUAGUGCUGUUGUUGGUGUGCUUAUCAAGGAAUCAGGUAAAGUUGAUGAAUUCUUCAAGUCUGAACGUAACCCAAUGCGAGAUCGUCAGAAUGAAGAAGAGUUCCAAGGAGAAUUGAAGGAAUACUUUGACCGUAAUUUGAAAUACGUUAAGCCUGACGUUAUUGUUAUUUCCGGGUACAAUGCCAACUCCAAGAAGUUGUAUGAUUGUAUCAAGAACUUUGUUGAAACUAAUCGUAUCACUUGUAACGUUGAUGAUUUACCUACAUCUAUUGCUGCUCCUCCAUUAUUAAAUGUUAUUUGGGGUCAAGAUGAAACUGCCAGAUUAUAUCAGAACUCAGCUAGAGCCAAACAAGAAUUCCCGGACAAACCAACUUUGAUCAAGUAUGCCAUUGGGUUAGCCAGAUACACACAAAACCCAUUAUUGGAAUAUGUGUCUUUGGGCGAUGAUAUCCUCUCGCUUAACUUUUAUCAACACCAAAAGCUUAUUUCCAACGAUUUGAUCAAGGAAGCAUUAGAAUCUGUGUUUGUCGAUAUUGUUAAUAUGGUGGGUGUUGAAAUUAAUGAAGCGGUCCGUGACAACUACAUUGCUCAAUUAUUGCCAUAUGUCUGUGGAUUGGGUCCACGUAAAGCUCUGGGAUUGAUCAGAAAUAUUAACUCUAAAUUGGGUUCAACUUUGGUUAAUCGUAAUGAUUUGGUUCUCGGAGAAUUAACUGGGGCCAUUAUCUUCAAUAACUGUUCAUCAUUUUUGAAUAUCCCAUUCAAUGAAGGGUCCACUAUUAGAGACAUUUCUGUGGAAUUGUUGGAUGCUACCCGUAUCCAUCCUGAAGAUUAUGAUUUGGCAAGAAAGAUGGCAGCAGAUGCUCUUGAUUUGGAUGAAGAAGAUACCACGGCAAUGGAAGAAAAUGGAGGAAUUAUUUUGCAAUUAAUGCAAGAAGGGGUUAAUAAAGUUGAUGAGUUGAAUUUGAUUGCCUAUGGUAAGGAAUUAGAGACCAAGUUUGGCAGAAAGAAGUAUGCCACUUUACAGAUGAUCAAGGAAGAAUUGGUGAAUAACUUUGAAGAAUUGAGGAGAUCUUUCAAGGUUUUGGACAGUAUUGAAGUAUUCCAGAUGUUGACUGGUGAAACUCCUGAUACGUUUGGCAAGAAUGUGGUUGUUCCCUUAACGGUGACUAAAGUUGGUAAGAGUUUCCAAAACUAUGAUCAACUGCAAACGAGAAUUAGGUUCAUCAAGGGUGUCACCUCGUCCAUGGUUCAAUGUAAUAUCGAAGAAGAAAAGAUUCCCAAGGGUACCAAUAUUGAACAGGGUCAAGUUAUCCAAGCCGUUACCAUUGAUGUAUUUUAUGAAAGUUUCAGUGCCAAUUUGAGUUUAUUGCCAGAUGAAAUCAAACGAGCUUCUAUGUCCCGAGUGGUUAAGGAAGGAGGUAAGUGGGAUUUCCAAGCUGAAGAAGAAGAUAUUAAUCGAGAAAAGGCGAGAGAAAACGCCAAGCUUGCCAAGACUAGAAAUGUUCAACAUCCAUUGUACAAGAACUUCAAUUACAAGCAAGCUGAAGAGUAUUUGGCUCCUCAAAACGUGGGAGACUGUGUUAUUCGUCCAUCUUCCAAGGGUCCACAGUUCCUUACCAUCACUUGGAAAGUGGCCAACAAUUUAUUCCAGCAUUUGUUGAUUGAAGAGAAAAACCAGGGUAGAUUCAAAGAGUACGUUGUUGAAGGGUUCAAGUAUGCUGAUUUGGAUCAAUUGGUAUUCCAACAUAUUCAAGCUAUUGCCAAGAAGGUGGAGGACAUGGUUCGUCAUCCUAAGUUUAGAGAAGGUGCCCUUACAGAAGUCAAUGAAUGGUUGGAAUCAUAUACCAGAGCCAAUCCCAAGAGUUCAGCUUAUGUCUUUUGUUAUGACCAUAAGUUGCCAGGAAGCUUCUUGUUGUUAUUUAAAGUGAAUGUCAACACCCCAAUAAGUACUUGGCACGUGAGAACUGAAAGAGAAGGAUACACAUUAAAGGGAUUCAGUUAUCCAAACAUGUUAAGAUUAUGUAAUGGGUUUAAGCAAACAUUUAAAUCUUAUGUAUCACAAGGUGGUGCUGGUGGUGCUCGUUCUCGUCCCCCACCUCAACAAUCUUACAACUAUGGCUACUAAAAACAAUGUUCUAUUAUCUUUGAAUCAUAUAUUCAUGUACUGUUAUAUAUAUAUAUAUUUUCUUUUUUUGUAUCAAUAAAUAAAAUAGUUUAAUCAUUUCUCUUGGAAACUCUUAACUUAGAUCUAAAGGAGUCUCCGUCAACAUAGGUUCCCAUCAACCAACGAUCUCCACCAUUCUCGUCACUGAAGCUCUUUCUUGAAUGCAAAGCUCUUCUGUUUUCGAAAAUAACACAUGAACCUUCCUUCAUCUUGAUUUCAAAGUGGUUCUCGGGUUCGUUGAUUGUCUUUUCAAAGAUUUCAAGUCCACGAAGGAAAUCAUCAAAGUUAUGAUACUGCUUGGCUUCUUCAACACUAGAAUCUUCACGGGUGGAGAUCCCGACUUCCAAAGGCCCCUGGAAAGGUGGGGCAUAAUUAACCACAUCAAUAGGCGGGAAAUCUUUGGUUACGGCAGCAAUAUCGGGAUCUUCAAUAAUCAAGGGUCUUCUGUAAUAGUAGUAUUCAUUAUUGUUAUCAUAAUGGAAUGUGAUAGGAAUCUCUGUCAAC